AUGCUCCUCCUCCUCCUACUCGCCCUCAACACACUAGCAUCCCCAUCCCAACUCCAAACCUGCCUCACAUCCCUCUCCUUCCCCGUCCUUCUCCCCUCCUCCCCGUCCUACGCCCCCGCAUGCCAAGCGUACAACCGCCGGCUCACAUUCCUUCCCUCAAGCGUCGUCUACCCCCGCACGCCAGCCGAAGUCGCUCUCGCAGUCCGGUGCGCCUCCUCUGCUAGCGUGCCUGUCGUCGCACGAUCAGGAGGGCACGGGUAUGCCGCUUUCGCACUAGGGGGUCAGGAUGGGAGCCUUGUUGUGGACCUUAGUGGACUCAAAGGGGUGGAAUUCGAUAACGGCGGGGAGGUGAUGCAUGCACAGACUGGGAAUAGGCUUGGGGAAAUUGCGAGCGCGCUGAAGAGCGUGGGGAGGGCAUUGCCCCAUGGGACGUGUGUCCUUCUGUCGGGUGUGAGCCGCUUUCCUCCGAGGCAUGCGGCUUUUGGAGGGUUUGGAUUCGCAUCGAGGGAGUGGGGGCUGUUGUUGGACCGGAUGAUAGGCGCGGAGCUGGUGCUCGCUGAUGGGAGAAUCGUGAAUGCGAGUUUGGAGGAGAACGAGGACCUGUUCUGGGCUGUUAGAGGAUCGGUCUCUUCUUUCGGGAUAGCGACAUCCUACACCUUCCUCACGCUGCCCGAGCCGCCCGUCACUACCGCCUACUCGUAUGUCUUCUCCGGCAAUGCUUCCUCUGCAGCGCAGUGUUUCCUCGCCUUCCAAGCCUUCUCCGCCUCCUCCGCCCCUCCCCCGCUGGGGAUGCAGUUCUUCCUCAUCCCCGACCUGACGUAUGAGUUGUUCGGCUCCUAUACCGGGCCCAAGGCGGCCUUCGAGGAUGUUUUCCUUCCCCUUGUGCUUGAGUGCGAGAAGACGAGCGACACACACGCAGGGACGCACGCCUUCGCUCAAGAAAUGGGCUGGGAAGCGUACCUCGUCUCCCAAGUUGGUACACCCCCGCGCGUAGCAGACUGCUUCUACGCCAAGUCGCUCAUGACAUCCUCCACUACCCCUCUCUCCCAGCAAACAGUAGAGAAGUUCAUGCACUACCUGUUUACCGAAGGGCCGAAACAUCCCCAUCUUGCGUGGUUCGUCGAAGUCGACCUGUAUGGAAGAGAGGGGUCGGCGAUUAACGCUGUCCCCAAGCUGGACACGGCCUUCCGGCACAGGGACAGGCUGCUCGGGUUCCAGCUCUAUGCCAGCUCGGGCAACUUACGCCCCCCGUUUCCGGAAGACGGGUACGCGUUCGUCGAUGGUAUGGCGGAGGUGCUGAGCGCCGCUCCGGAGGGAAGGACACUGGCUUCGUAUGCGAAUUAUGUCGACCCGAGACUGGGACAGGGGGAGUGGGAGGACAUGUACUAUGGAGGGGAGAUAUAUGACCGGCUGAGGAAGGUGAAGAGUAAGUGGGAUAAGGGGAACGUUUUCCGUUUCCCGCAGGGGAUCGUGCCGUCUGAGGAAAGGGAGGGGGAGGGGAGGAGGGUGGUGGAUGAGCUGUAACUGGAACUCGAACACUAUGUCA